AUGCACGGAUUCUUCCUGUGGUCAAAAGCCAGCAGCAUCAUUGAUACGCUGAGCUGUUUUGUGCUGUUUCAUCUGCAUGCCCAAAGAAUGAAACUGACCGGUAGAUUAGCUGUUUCUCCCUCCCCCCCCCCCCCCCCCCCCCCCCCCCCCCCAUUCUGACAUCCUGAGUGUUUCUGCUUCAGUGCUACAGAGCAACCCAGCCCCAAGGAAUAUUAACUGACGGAAACGCUAUUCACUGGCUCGCCUUCCUCUGCUCGGCCAGGUCCAGUCCUCAGCACUGAACCAGGGGAUCCUGCUGCCACUGAAGCCAUGGGGAUGUCUGCAGAGGACAGCGUUUCCACCCGUCCCAGAGUGGGAAAAUGGCCAGAAUUGGAAAAAGCAGAGAAGCUGGCAAGAGGGGCUGCCUUGAAGUGGGCAUCUGGGGUGUUUUAUCAACCAGACAAGCUGGAUAGUCUUCCGCAGUACCAGAUUCGGGAGAUGCAGCGUAACAGGUUCAUCGAAUCCCGCAUAAAGUCCACUGCUCAGUCCUACCUGGAAGGCAUGAACACGGGCCUGGAGGAGCUGCAUUCUGCCCUCGCCAAUGUCCAACCCAUACAAGAAGAACUGGCGACCAUUGAGAAGGAUCUCACAUCAUGCAUCAAGUCUUUUCGGAGCUUACGGGAGCUACGAGAACUGGGCACGAAGCAUGGCCAACUGGAGGCAGUGGUCCAGAUGUUGCCCCAGCUUUUCUCAGUGCCUCAACUCAUUUCAGAAGGCUUCUACCACUUACAAAGCCAGAACCUCCUGAAAGCCCAUCUAGGGCUCAUGGAUCUGGAGAGAUUACGGGAUAGCAUCCUGUCCCAGUUGCAUAACCGCAGCCUGCUCAGCCCCUCGAAUCGGACCGAUGUUGAGUCUUACUUUGGAGGCCUCUUGGAACUGAACGAUGCCUUGGCACAGCAUUUGUGGCGCACAGUUGCCCAUGCCACAAAGGUGGUAUUGGAGGACCCAUCUCUUUUGGUGUCAGCCGUACGGAUCAUCGAGAGAGAGGAAACUAUAGAUGCCGCCGUGGCACUGAGGUCCCAACCUCAUGGCUUCCUCCCACCGGGACGCCCAAAACGUUGGAGAAGGAAAUUCUUCCAAGUUGUUCAAGACACUGUCAUAGCUUCCUAUUUCCAGGCUGAGCCAAACAAGACUCAAGGCCAGGGGCUUAGUAGCCACUUGGCAUCCCUGCAGAGUAGCAUCCUAGCAGAAUUAGGCAUCGUGAAAGAUUGGCUGGUCCAGUGCUGCCCUCCUCAUUACAACAUCCUCACGGCCUUCGCCACCAUGUUCCACCAAGGCCUAACCGAUCACCUGCAUCACAUCCUUACCUGGGAGCUAGAUAAACAAGAGAUCUUCGCUCUCCUUCACUGGUCAAUUCAUGUCUACCCAAGUUCUGAAAUGAUGGCUCACCCAGAUCUGCUUCCUGAAGUCGACAUCUCAACCUUGGCUCCUCUGCUUCCAGCAGAUACCAUCAGCUCUCUGGAAGAGUCUUACCUGGGGAAAGUACAGGCGAGCAUUGCAGAAUGGAUGCAGAAGGCUCUAGAAAUGGAGUUCGAGGAAUGGCUUUGGGGCAAAGAACCCGAAUCCGACUAUCAAGGCUUCUUCCAGAGCAACCUGCCUAUCAUUGCCAUGAAGAUGCUUGAUGAAAACAUUAGAGUGGUAUCGCUCAUCUCUGGUAUUCUCCAGCAGAAAGUUCUUGAAAUGGCUUUGGGAGAGUUGGAGGCCUUUUUGGGCAGAGGAGAAGAAAGACGUGGCUUCUCUUGUGGUCUGUUCCAGCCACUCUUUGCCCAGUUCCCCUCCCGCCAGUGGCUGCUGGAUGACUGUCAGCUGAUGAACAACAUCUGCGAGGUGAUUGACAAGCAUGUGGAAGGUUUCGGCAGAACUCACAAACCUGUCAGCAUGUACCUGCUGUCAGAAGCUGAGCACCUGGUCAUGAGCCAAUAUGUGAAGUCCCUUUUGCAGAAACGGAUGACGUGUCAAACAGCCGAAGAGAGGAGCAAGAUGUCUGCAAGAAUGCUGCAGGAUACCUCUCAGCUAAAGGAACUCUUCUGUGCCCUGGGCUUGGAGGAGGACAAACUGUCCCUCCAAGUCAUUGCAGAUCUGCAGCAAAUCAUCAGCCUCAAGGACCCUUCUAUGCUUGGCCUGGAAGUGCUGGGAUUCGUGUCAAAAUAUCCUGAUAUCAGCGAGGACCACAUUUCCAUGUUCUUCUACUUGCGGGGCGACAUCUCCAAAGAAAUCUGCAAUCACGUGCUGGGAAUCAUGGCACAGAAUCCGCAAGUCCUACCGGAGAAUUACGAUCCCGUUUUCAGCAAUAUCUUGGUUCCUGCUCCAGAGCUGCCCUUCUGCCUUGGCAAGUCCAAAUGUGCCUGAGAGCCCGCUAACUGUAGCUGCUACUCCUGCCGCCAACUGUCUUGCCAGCCUGUCUGAAUCCACCAGUCUGCAGGCAAGGUGGAAAAACCUUACCUACGAUACCAACAAGCCCUGCGCCAUUUUGUGUGGCCAGAUGCAAGUUUGCCGAUACAGGUUGUA